AUGAGCGCCCACAGCUUUCGGGACCUCGUGUGCCAACGCGGCUGGCUUCUACCCCUGGGCAACGGUGUCUUCAUGAGCGGUGCGCUCAUUGUGGUCCCUUUCAUGGGCUACCUGGCUGACCCCGAGAGUCGCAAGCCAGGCAUCGUCAUGUCUUCGAUCGUGUUGAUGAUGAGCGCCAUCGCGAGUUGCUUUGCCGAGGCCUACCUCGUAUACCUAACGCUGAUAUUCAUGAACUCCGCAUGCGCCAGCACCACCCACUUAGUCACUGUGAUCCUCCUGUUCGAGGUGUCGCCCGUUCAGUACCACGCUUUUUACAUGGGUCUCGGCAGCUCCAUAGGCGUCGUAUUGGUUGAGUUGCUGUUCGUCGUCGUCACUGCUGUCCACAUCGGCUGGUUCCCACUACAACUGCUCGCUGUGGUGCCGACCCUUCUGCUUAUCUCGACCACAUUCAUCGCGUACAAGUCACCCAUAUGGCUCCUCACCAUGUCCAGAAUAAAGGAGGUAUGA